AUGGCGGCGCGGGCUUCGCCCCGCUCCAAGAUGGCGUUGGGGCGGCCCCGCCCCGCGGCGGCGGAGCGGGCGGCGGUGCCGGGGUGGCCGCGGUGUCCUUGCGGCGGGGCCGGGGGCGGGGCCAUGCUCGCCUUGGUGGCCAGGGCUGCGGCCAGGCCCUGUGGCCUGCUGAAAGCGACCACGUCUCUAGGCAAGAUCCCGGGCAGAUUCCAGCUCCACCAGGAAGCACUGCCCCACCUGCCAGUGCCACCACUGCAGCAGACCCUGGACAGGUACCUGCUGACCCUGCAGCCCAUCGUGAGCCAGGAGGAGCUGAACCACACGCAGGAGCUGGUGGCCGAGUUCCGCAAGCCGGGAGGCGUCGGGGAGAGGCUGCAGAAGGGCCUGGAGAGAAGAGCCAAGAAAACAGAGAACUGGCUCUCGGACUGGUGGCUGAAGACGGCUUACCUGGAAUAUCGCCUGCCAGUUGUGGUUCACUCCAGCCCAGGUGUGGUUUUACCCAAGCAGGAUUUUCUGGAUCGGCAAGGUCAGCUCAGGUUUGCUGCCAAGCUGAUCGAGGGCAUCCUGGAUUUCAAGUCCAUGAUUGACAAUGAGACCCUUCCAGUGGAGUACAUGGGUGGGAAGCCCCUCUGCAUGAACCAGUACUACCAGAUCCUCUCAUCCUGCCGCAUUCCCGGGCCCAAGCGGGACUCCAUUGUCAACUAUGCCAAAGGCAAAAAGCAGUCCAGGCACAUCACAGUGGUUCACAACUUCCAGUUCUUUGAGCUGGAUGUUUACAACAGUGAUGGAUCUCCCCUGACCGCUGAGCAGCUCUUCAUUCAGCUGGAGAAGAUAUGGAACACCUCCCUCCAAACAAACAAAGAACCUAUUGGGAUCCUCACCACCAACCACCGAAACAGCUGGGCAAAAGCCUACAACAACCUCCUGAAAGACAAGACCAACAAGGAGUCUGUGCGUGCCAUUGAGAAGAGCAUCUGCACGGUGUGCCUCGAUGCCCCCAUGCCCCGGGUGUCCGAGGACAUCUACAAGAGCCGUGUGGCCGCGCAGAUGCUGCACGGCGGCGGCAGCCGCUGGAACAGCGGCAACCGCUGGUUCGACAAGACCCUGCAGUUCAUCAUUGCUGAAGAUGGCUCCUGUGGUCUCGUGUAUGAACACGCUCCCUCUGAAGGUCCUCCCAUCGUUGCUCUUCUGGAUCAUGUCGUGGAGUUCACGAAGAAACCUGAGAAGGUCAGAUCACCAACGGUUCCUCUGCCAAUGCCCAAAAAGCUGCGGUUUAACAUCACCCCAGAAAUCAAGAACGACAUAGAGAAUGCAAAGCAAAACCUCAACAUAAUGGUCGAAGACCUGGAUAUCAAAGUCAUGGUCUUUCAUCAGUUUGGGAAAGGCUUCCCCAAGUCAGAGAAGAUAAGCCCUGAUGCUUUUAUCCAGCUGGCCUUGCAGCUGGCAUACUACAGGAUGUACGGCCACGCCUGCGCCACCUACGAGAGCGCCUCGCUGAGGAUGUUCCGCCUGGGCCGCACCGACACCAUCCGCUCCACCUCCGUGGACUCCCUCAAGUUCGUGCAGUCCAUGGACAGCCCUGACAAAUCGGACCAGGACAAAGCAGACCUGCUGAGGAGAGCCACGAAGGCCCACAGGGAAUACACAGAUAUGGCCAUACGGGGCAAUGCCAUAGACCGGCACCUCCUGGGCCUGAAGCUGCAGGCAAUCGAGGACCUUGUGAGCAUGCCAGAGCUGUUCAUGGACACAGCCUAUGCUGUUGCAAUGCACUUCAAUCUCUCAACCAGCCAGGUCCCAGCAAAGACAGAUUGUGUGAUGUGUUUUGGUCCCGUGGUUCCAGAUGGCUAUGGAGUCUGUUACAACCCCAUGGAAGAGCACAUCAACUUUGCCAUUUCAGCCUUCAACAGCUGUGCUGACACAAACGCCGCCCGCAUGGCGCAUUAUCUCGAGAAGGCACUGCUAGACAUGAGGAUCUUGCUCCAGGCUGCUCCCAAAUCCAAACUCUAAGAGGCAAAUGUGAUGCAAACACCCCCCUGGUUAAAGGGGCUCUGCCUCAUGCACUGAAGUUCCCAAUUCCUCAGACAAUAAUUGAGAGAACAGCUACCCCUGGAACCCAGGAAGGCUUCUAUCAUUUGUUUUCAGCAAGAGGUUACACAGUAGUCAUCUGCAGAUACCGGACUGUGGUGAAAGGAAACAGCCUCAAGCCAAAGCAGAACUGACUGGUCCUCUCCUGUCAAUGCAAAGUGCACCUUCCUGUCCUCAAAGAGGACUCAAAUAUGAUUUUUACAAAACUUACUAUAAAGGAAUACAGAAAGCACAGUCCUUACCAGGAUCUAAAUCCCUUUGGUUAGGAAGGAAGUUCUCCAGGAAAAGCAGGGAAUGUUUAUUGUGUGAUGCAACUACUGUUAAGUCUUCCGAAGAGCGUCUUUCAAACUUGACUGAAGGUUUUUCUGCUGCUCCAGCAAAACUUCACCACUGGACUUCGGCAAGGGGAGAAAGAAGUUAAGCCAGAGCGGAUCCAGCCUUGUUAGAGUGCACUGCACUACUCAUCCCAGGCACUCCAAGCAGCAUCUGCUUUACAGGAACGUUCCCUUCCCCUUGGUUUGGGAUGUUGGGAUCUCCCUUCUGUUGCACUGACCUUACUAACAACACAACGUGACUCGCUGCAGACUAAGGUGGUUUUUAUUGGUGGUUUUGUUGUUGUUGCUCUGGGCUGUUUGUUAAGCUUGCUGCUGUGGUCCUGCCAUUGAUCUUCCAGCUCAGCCUAAAGCUGUUUCCCCCCACAAAGCUUCUACAAAACUCCUCUCACAAAGGUUUUGCCAGCUUUGGCUUCAUGUCCCUUCCCGUCUGCAGAGAUGAGAAGGGACUGUCGAUGCAUUCAGCAGGACAUUUGCUAAGCUUUGUACCUUUCUUUGGAACUGAGCAAAGGAAAAAAGAUGCUGACUCUGCCCACCAGCCAGAAGGCCACGUGCCUCAUCUCCUUCAGGACUCCCAUGUUUUAUACCUUGCUCUCAGAAACAGCCUUUUUGUGCACAAUGUUAUGCCUGAGCCGUGGACAAAUAAGGACGUUUCUGAUCAGGAACUCCAAACACUCUUCCAUUUCUGGCCCACAGAGUUAAAAUCCGUUAAGGGCCAAAGGAAAAACAGCUGCAGGAUCACCCUUCUUUCACAACACUCUGCUUUUAACAAGGCAGAAAAUCUUGAAAAGCAGAAAGCUGGGAACAUGUGGAUAUUGUAGAUGUUUGUGCACUGUGGCAUCCACUGUUCCUGCAGUAUCAGCACCUUUCCUGCCACUCUUGGGAGUUAUUUCUUACUGAAAUAUUACUCCCAAUUUGUGCCAGCUUUAUUCUGAAAGAGAAUGAUCUGAGUUGAUAGUGUUUUCAUGUUUGGCUGACAAACUUGAGACAGUAAAAGAUUAUGUAUCAGCAUUAACAUACAAUGGUAGCAUAGGAACUACUUCCAACCAAUCCUGCCAGAAUCCAAGCUCCUAACUACACUUUCAUUUAGUAAAACUGUAUGGUAAUUAGGAAUUCUAGUGCUAUGCCUGCAACAAGAAUUCUGUAUUUAAAUUGCACACCCUUCAAGAUAUGUCUGCUGGGAUAUCACCAUAGACAAGAAGCAUUAGGAGUGUGAGUGUGUUUUUUUAACAGGGAAAUAAUUGCAAGGGACGUGAUCAAAGUGCCUUGGUGAACAAAAAUGAAGAAAUUUGCACUAAAGCUGUUUAAAAGAAAAAAAAAAUCAUUCUAUUUUCCUUCUUGAAAGACAAGCCAAUGCUUUGGCAUUUUUUUCCUGAAAGGAUGUUAUUUCAAAGCUUCUAUCUCAUACCUAAACAAACCUUAAAGAAGAAAAUUUAACUGAAACUCACCUGCACAGCCAGUGAUUGUAUGAACUGUCACUUUUACAUCAUCUACAUGGGUUUAGUUGAUCUUUUAGAAGAAUCCUGAAUGGAGUGAGACAGCCUAAAGACACGAAUAGGAGCACUACAAACCUGCAAGCACCCACCUCCCUGCUCUGUCAGCUCCUCUGUAUCAAUUAGACUGAGAACUGCAAGAGGAUAACUCAGUAUUAUCAAACUGUAAGUGACUGUGUAAAUAACUACAGAAAAGAUCAAACCUUACCCGAAUUACAUCUGGGUUUAUGGAGCCUUUUACAUGGUAAAAAUACUCCUUUUGCCAAAGUAAUCCUGCCCCCAGACUGAAUCAGCCUCUGUUGCCAGGGGAUGAGUUAUUUUUCCAUGUCUGCAAUGCCUUCAAGCACAAGCAGUGCCACUGAAGUAUUUGAGACUGGCCCUUUUCCACUUCUGUCUCCAAGGGGGAAGGCUCUCAAAGGAAAGUGCCUAUUAAAGAUUAAGCAUAAGCAUGUGCUGCUGUGACUGUACCUCAGAAGAUGGGAUUGAUCUAUCCUGGAUCUAAAUCUGGAUAUCCCACUGUCUUCAGCAGAGUACAGCUGCAAGGAGCAGGCUGUCCCACUGAAAGAGAUACAAGAUUCAUAACCCACUUAAUGCAUCCUUGCUGAUACACAGAGCUGAAAUUCUGAUGAAUCAAGCUGAUUUCUGAAGUGCUUGAAAGGACACUGCUAAAAUCAUUACAAGGUUUUUUCCUUUAAAAAGUCUUUUCUUACUGUACAAGUUCUAAAAUGUGAUGUCUUCCUGAUUCGUACCUUUCAGAUUUGUUCAGUGUUGACUUAAAACUGUUCUCCCUGUUUCUGAUUGUUUGAUCAAGAGAUUGUCUUAAAGGCAAAUAAGGUACAAGAGGCUAAAUCUCCAGAAAAGCUCCCGGUUUGGAACAGAUAAUUUAAGGAAUUCACAGACUGAAAACAUUUGGAUAACUCUUGGGGUCUGAGUGCAAUUUUUGACCCAGCCUGGUAGUGUUGCAUGCUUUGCUGGCUGGCUGUGUUAAAAUCCUGUUUGGGUAAAGGGAUUCGUGUCAUGUAAAGUUUGGAACCGUUCGUUGAAUAAACUGAAACACAAUAAACAGAUAAGAGCUACAAAA